ACCUUGACCGGAGCAGAAAAUUAUAUAGACAAAUUACAUACCUACGGACUCGUGAAUAUUUACUGAAUAUGAAAAUGCAAACUUCUCGAGAUUCCACGGCCUCUGAAAGAAGUAUUUAUCAUCCGAAACCCCGGAUUCACGGAUUUGAGAGGGGCACCCCGGAGAUUUAGUUUCGGCUGCGCUAGCCGGUGGCCGUUUCUACCCGUUUCUGAUGACGUCAUAUCGUGUAGGUUAUUUGGCCACUCGGUAUAGCAGCUAGUUCUUCGCAUGGUGGUCGAUUGCAGUUAUCAGCAUGUCAAAACGGAGUAACACAGAUGAGGAAGGUGAGCCCAGCAAGAAGCCGAAGCCUGUUGGGGGAAACCGGUGUGUCUUGUAUGGGUGCAGCAACACUAUUCAUGAUGGCUUUGCCAUACAUGAACUACCGAAGGAAGGAUCCAUCAGGCGAGCAUGGGUGAAGUUCAUUCAACUGAAGUUAAAAGGGUUCGAUGCCCGAGAAAGGGUCCAUGUCCACGUCUGCAGUGGUCAUUUUGAGCGAGACCAGUAUGAUUCGUCUCAAGUCUUGAAGUUUAAGUAUGGCUUCAGGAAAAUUACGCCGCGCCUUCUACCAAAUGCCAUUCCCCGUCGGCAGCAGGCUGUUCAACCCUUUACAGAUCAUUGGUUCCUCAAACCAACAACGACAACAUCAUCAACGUCAACAAUGUCAUCAACAAUGAUUUCACCAACAGUGUCAUCACCAAUGAUUUCAUCACCAACAACGUCAACACCAAUAACGUCUACGCUAACAGUAACAACGUGCUUGAGCUCGACUAGAACCAGAACUGUCCAUUCUACAAAGAUAGCAGUGUCCUCUCUAGACAGCCAGAAGAAACGUGUGGGUAAACAAGGAGGCCAUGCCCAUAAUCAACCAAUUACUUUUGCCGAUGCAAGCACGUGUACAUCACCAACAAUGCCAACUACCAGUGGAAACAGACGUCGAGUGUCUGUGCUCAGUCUGAAGAAGGAGGUUCAAAGGAUAACUGAGGAAUACGCUCGUAAGGAAGAGGAAGAAGCAGCACAACAAGCAGCAGAAGAAGCAGCUAGGAGGGACCGAGAAAACAAUAAAGCUAUCCAGGCAUCUCCCACGAUGAUUGAUAAGCAGUUUCAAAAAAGACCUAAAACUCGAACCUGUGGAAUACAAGUUAAACCUGUGAAGCCUGUCAAACCUGUCAAGCCUGUCAAGCCUUUACAAAAAGAGAAAGGAGUACAGAUUACACUUUCUUCUAGCUUGGAGAAGGCAGAGAGACAAGUUUCGAUGAGGACAUCAGCAACCCAAACUGAGGACACUGGUGCAGAACAGGAGACUUUUGAUGAGCCAGAAGAUGAACAUGAAGAACCUGAAGAACCCGAUGACAAGCGGAAAGAUCCAGAUUAUGAACCCGAAAAUGAAUUGGAGGAUGAAGCUAAUGAAGAAGUUGAGAACAUGAAAAUACCAUCCGAUAUAAUUGAUCAGCCCAAGUAUAUUGUUUUUGAGGAUCAGCUUUUGGAGCUCUUCAAAAAAUGCAGGCAUUGCCACCUCCCCUGCUCUUCAGUAGUUCAUCACCCACCGACAUUUGGCAGUAGAGUCAAAGUGAUCUCCACAUGUGACGAAUGUGACGGGAAAUUUGAAUGGUCAUCCCAGCCAUCAGUGGGAAAUUUGUAUGCUGGCAACAUACUUUUGUCAUCUGCAAUUUUAUUUGCCGGUGCGAGCCCAACAAAGGUUCUCAAAACUCACAAACACAUGAACUUAAUAUCAAUUUCGACAACAACAUUCAACGAACACCAGUCUAGAUAUCUUCAGCCAGCAAUAGUGAAAGAAUACAGGAGGACCCAGGCAGAGACAUUUGACGAGAUCAGAGCGAGUGAAGCGGGCCUCAUCCUUGGAGGGGAUGGGAGGAGUGACUCACCUGGGCAUUCUGCCAAGUACGGCUCGUACACGAUGAUGGACCUGAAGAGCAACAAGGUCAUUGAUGUCCAGCUUGUGCAAUGUACAGAGGUUAAGAACUCAAAUGCAAUGGAGCUAGAGGGACUCCGGAGGGGCCUGCGGAUACUUGACGAUGCUGGUGUGAUUGUACAAGGCAUAGUGACAGAUCGUCACAUGCAGAUAGCGAAGUUUCUCCGUGAGACGUACCAACAAAUUGAUCACCGAUAUGAUGUCUGGCACAUUGCGAAAGGGUUAAAGAAGAAGCUAAAAGCAUUGGCCAAGAUGAAGGACUGUGGAUUGGUUCAAGAUUGGUUGAGGGCCUUGGUAAACCAUGUAUACUGGACUGCCUCUUCUACUCCGGAUGGAGAUAAGGAUGUCAUGAAAGCCAAGUAUAAGAGGGCUAUGAACCACAUCAGAAAUCUUCACACAGAUGAAAACCCAGAGUACACUGCUUGUGAACAUGGUGAUGACUAUCCAGAGCGAGAAUGGUUGCAGUCAGGUACAAAGGUGUACGACAAGCUUCGAGAGGAAUGGCUGAGGACCAGACUGGUGAACGGCAUUGGGAUGAUGUCCCCACAUGCCCAAACCAGCAAGGUUGAAUCAUUCCACAACAUCCUCCUUCACUUUUGCCCCAAGUUGCUUGUAUAGUCAUAUCAAGGGAUGAAGUGCAGAUUAUAUUUGGCUGUCCUACAUUGGAACGAAAAUUGUGAUAGAGCCCAGGCUGUUGAUGCCGAAGGGAACCCAGUGUACAGGUUGAAGUAUCCACGCUCGAAGGAAGGAGGCCACACAGUGGAGAGAGUGCUGACAGCUGGCACAUGUGGUUAUGUGAAAGCCCUGAUGAGAGUUGUCGUAGAACUGGUGGAAAACAGGGAGCAGCUCAGAGACAACAUGGAGGAGCUACAGCCUCAACCAGCACGGAGUGCCUCUCAUCAUCACCCCGACAAUGGAGAAGCCGUGCAAGCUUUUGAACAACAUCAUCGCUUUGGCGAUAGAAACUAGUUCUUUUGGUGAUAGAAACUAUGAUGAAUGUGUCAGCUACCUGAACAUUAACCACUGAUUGUUUUAUUUCAGUACAAUACAUGUUUUUCAUAGACCCUAAAUUAUGUUUAUGCCAGUAUAAUUAUGGAGAGUAACAUGGAAGUACUCUAUGCAAGUGAGUAGUGGAUUCCGAUUCUAUGUGAGUGUAAAGCACUAGAAACUUGUCUGUAAGCUUGUACAUACUUACACAAGCCAAAGUCCAUGGUACACAUCAAUAGUCAUUGGUUUUAAUAGGUAAAAUACUUAUUAAAUUUGUAAAACUUACAUUUUUAGUUCAAUUUCUGAAGCAUAUGCACUAGAUUUCCAUAAACACUAAGUAAAUCACUGUUGAUCAUGAAUUUGGCACCAAAUAUAAUCUGAUUUUUCUCACAGUCCUUCAUCUUGGCCAAUGCUUUUUGCUUCUUAUUUGCAAAAAAUAAAAAAUAAAAAAAUGCAUUUUUUUUCUUCAUCUAAACUGUUCUUAUUCAAGAACCAUUUGAUGUAUUGCACCAGAUAUGACUUUAUUUUUUGUUUUUGAUUUUUUUCCCUUUUCUGCCGAGGUGAAUUGUGUUAUUCAUUUUCAAAGUUAGUAGUUUUAAAGAUCAUGCCAUAUUAUCACAGAAGAGGAAACAUUGUGAUGAUACUUCAUCGCAUCCAUACUUUUUUUCCUAACAGCGGUUUCCUGUUUGUCCUAAAACCUGGUUAUAAAAGAUUGAAAAAUAAUCAUCCUUGCAGAUAUAAUAAAAAUAGUCAUCUAUCCUGUAAACUUUACAUAAAAUAAGGAUGAAUGUAAUGUACAUGUUGCAUCAAAGUUUUUGUUCCAAUGGUGCAUCAUUUUGAAAUAUAUUGCACAAACAGAGAAGAAAAUGAUUGGGGGGAAAAACCGUCAAUGGGAUGUUCUGAGAAUAUUUUGAGCAAAGGUAAACAAAAAUUCAUCUAAAGGAA